AUGUCCGGUCCACCCUAUCAAGCGAACACUGGCCGGUCCUAUCAAACAUUCCCCGGCGCUCUUACACCUGGUCAACCGCCACAGCCGGGAUAUUUACCACCUUCACCCGCUUACGGCGCAUCCCCAUUCUCAUCACCCGCACCUUACCAGCCAGGCUAUGCGCCUUCGCCCCAACCGCCGCCAGCUCACGCCCAGUACCAACCACAACAGCAGUAUGGGCAGCAGCCGCAAUAUGGCAGACCUCCCCCUCCGCCGCCUGGACAACCGGUUGGCUACCCACCGCAGCAACAAUACGGACAGCUGCCACUGCAGCCGCCCUCACAGCCGCCGCGUUUUCCGUCUCCCGGAUAUGGAUAUAGCCAAGGUCAACCAGGUGGCUAUCCCGGCCAGCAACCAGGCGGCUACCCACCCCAAGGCUACGGCGCGCCGCCCCCGCAAGCCUCGCCGGCCCAGGUUGGCGGCUUCAAGCAAGCGCUUGAGGCUUGCAUAAACGAGAACCAGCUUCGUGGCUUUUACCCCCCCGGCAGCCCAGUAAUAGAUCAGAUUGCAAACCGCGCCGCUGGUCAGGUCGGGCAGCUCUGCCAGCGAUGGCGGAUCCCCAUGGAGAUUGGCAGUGAUAUCGUUAAGCUCGGUCUCUUUGACAUCUGGCUUUACAUUGAUGAUAGCGGCUCCAUGCAAUUUGAAGAGGAUGGCGAACGUAUCAAAGACCUCAAAGUCAUCCUGCAGCGCGUGGCCUUCGCCGCCACCCUUUUCGACGACGACGGCAUCUCCAUCCGCUUUAUGAAUUCCCAGCCGCCGCCGCAGCUCCUCAACAACGUCCGCAACGAGCAGCAGAUCGAGCAGCUCAUGGCCAGCGUUCAGUUCAAGGGCCUCACCCCUAUGGGCACGCAGCUCAGGGAGAAGGUCCUCAACGAGAUUGUGGGCCAAGCUAGGUCCGGCCAGCUGAGGAAACCUGCACUUGUAAUCACCGUCACCGACGGUCAGCCGGCAGGGGAGCCGCAAAACGCUGUCUUCGACGCCAUCAAGUGGGUCUCCAGCGAAUUCAGCAGGAUGCCGCAGUACGGCACUGGUGCUGUGCAGUUCCAGUUCGCGCAAGUCGGCAAUGACGAGAAGGCGCGAGAGUUCUUGGGCAAGCUCGACAGCGAUCCCAUGGUCGGCAACUUGGUCGACUGCACCUCAAACUACGAGAACGAGUCUGCCGAGAUGGCUCGUGCCCAACCGCCAGUCCAUCUUACUCCUGAGCUAUGGCUCGUCAAGCUCCUCCUCGGUGCCAUCGACCACACAUAUGACCGCAAAGACGAAAAAGGCGGUGCAGGCGGGCCACGUCCGCAGCAGGGCCAAUACGGCGCACCACAGGGCCAGUACGGCGCAUCCCAGCCUCAGUACGGUCAACCUCAGGGCCAGUAUGGUCAGCCUCAGUAUGGCCAGCCGCCGCAGGGACAGUACGGGCAGCCUCCUCAAGGCCAAUACGGGCAGCCGCAGCACGGACAGUACGGCCAACCACCUCAGGGUCAAUAUGGCCAACCUCAGCCCGGGCAGUAUGGUCAGCCUCCGCAGGGACAGUAUGGCCAACAGCCUGGUGGGUACAGGCCACCGCAACAGGGUGGUUACCCUGGUCAACCUGGUCAGCAGGGCGGAUAUGGUGGGCCGCCUCGGUAUUAG